AUGGCGCCUCCUUCGCAGUACGGCGGGAACGCGCGCGGGGCGAUGAUGGCGCGCAUGGCCGGCGCGACGGCGAGCGGGGGAUCGGGAACCGCGCCGUUGACGCCCGUGGACGUGAAUCGCGUCGUCGCGAGCGGUGAGGCGGAGCCGACGGCGAAACGCGCACGCGCGGACGCGGACGUCGUCGUCGAGGACGCGCGCGCGAAGGCGUCGACGCGAGAAGAGGACGAGACGACGCGCGCGUCCACGGCGACGACGACGGCGACGGCGACGACGACGGCGACGACGGCGACGGCCGUCCCCGCGCCCGCCCGCUGGCACUCGUCCCUCCCGCUCCCGCCGAAGUACGAAGUCCUGGACGACGCCUUCGUCGCGCUCGCGCAGAUCGGGCCGCUGCUCCGCAAGCGCGGGCAGGCGUCCACCGCGGACAACGUGUGCGAGAAUGUGGAGGCGACGACGCGACGCCGAUGCACGCUGAAGACGUUGCGCGAGGUCGAAGGCGUCCUCCCGGGGACCGUCGGGUUGUCCACGCGCGCGCCGGUUCACGACGGCGGCGCGCUCGACCCUCGGCGCGUGCGCGUGGACGUCGAGGAGGGCGCGCCGGGGGCGAGAGCGCCGGGCGCGGGCGCGGGCGCGUCGAGGAAGACCGGAAGCGGAUGGUUCGACGACAGGAGGAAGAAGUUCCGAGCGGCGCUGCUCGAACUCGUCGGCGCGCACCACGACGCGUUCGUCGCGGGGCUCGACGACGACGGCGGCGGCGGCGGCGGCGGCGGCGGCGGCGGCGUGGAGGUGGACGACGACGGCGUCGUGACGUCGUGGCACCCGAAGUACGACCCGACGACCGCGCCGGACCCACCCGCGGCGCGCGUCGUCGGCGCGGAGUCCGCGGUCGUCGGCGUCGAUCCCGCCGGCGCCGGCGCGGGCGUCGCCGAGGGCGCGGCGCUGCCCCCCGCCGCGGCCGCGACGCGCGACACCAUGCGCUCGGGGAACGGCACCGCGUUCUCCGCGGGCUGGAAGCGCGACCGCUCGGAGAUGGACGCCAGGGAGCUCGAGGCGGACGACCUCUCGCGCGUCGAGAUUGACGCUGAGGCGAUCGCGGCGCGAAAAGCGACGCUCGGCGAAGGCGCGGAGGCGAUCGACGACGCGGAUCUCGCGACGGUCAUGAAGCGUGAGAUGAUGGCGAGACACGAGAACGACCCGGCGACGCGGGCGGAGCGCGCGAGGCGUCGGCUGUAUGACCUCCUCCCCGGGUUGUUCGACGCGGUGAGGUCGUGGUUCGCGACGCGAGACAAGAAGACGGCGCCGUUCGCGGAUAUCGUGGAGCAGAUUUUGCGGACGACGACGAAGCAGUGCGCGUCGCGGGAGGAGACGGAGAGGGGGCUCAGGGUACUCGCGAAAAACGCGGAGGAGUGGUGCGUUUUGUGGGUCAGCGAGUUCACCGGCGAGGAGUUGUGGAGAGUGAAAAAAGUGGACACCACCAAGGUGCGGUUCGUCAGGGAGAAGCUCGUCGCGCUGAAAGAGGACCGGCUGUGA